UUUGGUCGAAUUGCGUUUUUGAUGGCAAAUAUUUUCCCAUCUCAUUCCCCAUCUCUGGUAAAAAUGUUAAACCAAAAAAGUUAGUUUUGCGCUUUUUAUAUCAUUUUUUAUUAUAUUGCUAUCUCAAAAUAGAUUUUUUUUUGAAGAAAAUAAGUGCUAACUUCCAUACAAAAUUAACAAAAUUUUUUAAAAGAUUUAGUUUAAUUAACAUUUAUAUCGAAUCUUAUCAAAUCGGACAUACUGAACACAAUACUAGUAAGGAUUAAGAAAUUUAAUGACCAGUUUUUGAGAUAUGCCCAUUUACAUUCAUAUUAUAGAAGUCUAGUUUUUUUACUCUAUAUACUUUUUCUCCAGAAAAUUGGCACUAACUCUAUUAACCAAUAAUAAAAUUAAGUUCCAUAAUAUUCUAUUGUUAUAAUUUAGAAUUUUUACUCUUUAAAUAUGCGAAUAAUGGCAAAUAAAUUGCAAAAAACAUAAUUUUUUUGUAUUCAAAAAUAUUUUUUCUACUAUAUUACUAUUAUACAAUAUAUAACUUUAUAUUAUAAAUCAACAUAUAUAACAUAUAUAACUAUGUAAUUUAUGUCAUAUGAAAAAAUAUUCGGCGGUAUUCAAAUAAAACUUAAAUUUUGGAAGAUUUGUGUUACAAGUAAUAUCAAAACGGAAGCAUGGUUGAUGAAUGGAACUAUAAUUCUUUGCAACGUAUUGCUAUUGAAUAUGAGUCCUCGUCGGACGAAGAACCUGUAUUACGAAAAAGAUCAAAAAGGGAAUACAAUUCUUGCUCCCAGCUACGGAAAUCAAAUUAUAUUAAAAGGAUGAUUGGCAAAAAAUAUUUAGGAUUUUCAACAAUUGCAAAAAAAAUCAAACAAAACAGGCCUAAACCUCAACGAAAAAUGGGUCCAAAAUGUUCAUCAAAAUUUUGUUUAAAAAGUAAAUUAAGAUGGUGUAACUUAUUUGAAGAAGAUGAAAGGAAAAAUAUAUUUGAACAGUUUUGGAAACUAUCCUGGGAAGGUAAAAAAAUGUUUGUGAAAUCUCAUGUUUCGGAAUUAGCAACAACAACAAAACAUUCAGAAAAGUCUAAGAGAUAUAAAACAUUUAUCUAUAAACUUUCUUAUAAACAUAAAUUACUACAGGUAUGUAAAUUGAUGUUCCUAUCAACAUUAGGCAUAAAUCGUAGUAUGGCAAUCGGUUGGGUAGUUGACAAAGUUUCACCCCCUGUAAUACAAAACCAACAACGUAUUUCGGAUUCUAAAGUCAGAGAUUCUAAACUAUUCCUAAAGACUUAUUUGCAAAACUUAGAAAAAACAGAAAGUCACUAUUGCCGCCAAAAAACUACAAAAUUAUACCUUUCAGAAUGUUUUAAAACAAAGACAGAUGUAUAUAAUGAUUAUCCAAACAUAUGCUCUCUAAAACAAGUGAAUUCAUUGUCCUAUUUUACGUUCUCAAGAACUUUUGAUGACGAAAAUUAUGCAAUAUUUAAGCCCCGUAAGGAUGAAUGCGAUACAUGCGUGGGUUACAAAACAAAACAAAUAUCUGCAGAAGAGUAUAAAUAUCAUAUAGCCAAAAUAGAACGUGCACAGAUUGAAAAAACACUAGAUAAGAUAAAAUCUCAAAAUAAAUUAUGCCAUGUCUUUACUAUGGACACUCAGGCAGUUAAACUAUGUCCCGAUAUUAACGCGUCCGCCGUUUAUUAUAAACAACGAUUGCAAGUUCACAACUUCACAAUCUACAAUAUUGGGAAUCACCAGUGCUCUAAUUAUUGGUGGAGCGAAAUACAUGGUGACCUGUCUGCUUCAUCGUUUGUAACAUGCAUUAUAAAUCAUUUGGAAGUUUACUGUUUAUCCGACAUGCUGCCAAUAAUAUUAUAUUCAGAUGGAUGCGGAUAUCAAAAUAGAAAUCACAUUUUAGCUAAUGCGUUAUCAAAUUUUUCAAUCCGGCAUAAUAAAGUUAUAGAACAGAAAUAUUUAGAAAAAGGACACACUCAAAUGGAAUGUGACAGUGCUCACGCAAAAAUAGAAAAAAAAUUGAAAAACCAAUCAGUUUAUUUGCCCAUUGAAUACGUCACUUACACGAAGGAAGCCCGAAAAACCGUAAAAAUUGAUAACAAAAUAAAGAAAAUGCCAUUUGAUGCUAUAUAUUUGAAUUACGAUUUUUUUAAAAAUUACAAUGACCAAGAACUAAUUCGUUUUUCUUCAAUAAGACCUGGAAAAGGAAAGAAUGAUCCAACUGUCUCACAACUACGUUCUAUUUUAUACCUUCCCAAUGGCUGCGUAAAAUAUAAAACCAAUUUUGACGAUCAGUAUACAGAUUUACCUUGCCGAAUCAAAAAAUACGAAGGAAAACUAGAACCAAAACCGUUGCACUCGAAACAACUUCCUAUACAAUUAAAUAAAUGGAAACACCUCCAAGAACUUAAAAAAGUUAUUCCACAGGAGUAUCAUUACUUUUAUGAUAACUUGCUCUACACAAAAUCCAAUUAACUCAUGAUAAUAAUGUCAAUUUAUAAUAUAAAUAUUUUCUUUAAUAUUUACCUAUGUAUGUAUGUAUUUAUUCAUUUUUUAUUAAACAACUAUUACGCAAUUA